AUGAAUUAAUAAAAGAAUUAAAAAACUUAAUUUUAGGUUCUUAAAAUUGCAUCAAGAUCCUAAAAAGAAUGGUGCUAAGCAAUUGCAAUAAAUGAUGAUUGCUCUUUACUUUUUAUAGGAUUUAAAUCAGCAAUUAAGGCUUUUGGAUUCAAUAAGGAGAAUCUGAAACAGCAUCAAAUUCUUAAUCAUCAUACUAAUUAUAUAACUGCUCUAAAAAUAUGUAAAUCUAAGUUUGCUAGCUCUAAUUACUUUCUCAUAUCAGCAUCAGAUGAUAAGACAAUCAUAAUUUGGGAAUAAGCAGGCUCAUAAUUCUAAAAUCCAUCUUGGAGUUGCUAUUAAAGAUUAUACGGGCAUGAGAAUAAUGUAAAUUGCUUUCUGUUUUUAGAAGAAGAAGAAUGCAUCAUAUCUGGCAGUGCAGAUUUUUCAAUAAAAUUUUGGAACACAACCUAAAAAGACAAGUACAAAUGGUCCUGCUUAUAAACAAUUCAAAAUCAUUCCUCUGAGAUAUGGGCAUUGUCUAUUAAUCAAUCUCAAGAUAUUCUGAUAUCAAGUGGAGAGGAUGGAGUAAUAUUGGUUAUAGAGUAGAAUUCUAAAAUUUGGAUUGUGAAGUAAAUAAUUCAAGUUAAAGAAUUUGGUUAUAGAAUUAGCUUUGUUGGAAAUAAUGUUUUUUGUUUUUAACCAGUAUCUGGAAAAUAACUGCAUGUUUAUCAAAUGAAUAAUAACUAAUCUUUCAUCAAAUCAAAAGACAUCAUUCUUUAAGAAGGAAACUGCAAUUGUAAACCAUACUUUCCAGCUACUUAUAUCAAAUAAAAAUCUCUUUUAAUUAGUAAAGUGGGUUGUAAAAUCAAUCUUAUUAGCAUUUGCCACAACAGUGAGGAAGGUUAUGUAGAAUUAGUUCUUCAAUAAGAAAUUGAUUUUGGAACUACAGAUGGAUGGGGAUACAUUUAUGGAUCUAUUAGUGAUGAUGGCGUAUAUAUAGCAACAUGGGACUACAAAUCACAAGAAAUUUAAAUAAGAGAAUUAAAAGAAAAAUAAGAAAUCAAAUAAUAUUGA